UGCUCACUUCAGUAAGUCUGUGAGUAACGGAUAACGGACUCUUCAGCGUCGAACAGUUGUGUUGUGAACGAUUGAACACUUUAGACACCAAAAAAUCCCCUUCUGUAUCUUCUCACUAGUCACCAGGCUCUAUUACAAUUUUUCGGAAGGCUGGAAGUGCAUGAAUUCAUGUUUUAUCAUUAUGUCCUCACCACCGCAAGUUAAAGAAGUCAAGGAUUUCCAGUUCAAACUCCAUUCAAGGCUACGUGUCUUUGUUGGCUCUCCAGAUUCUGGUCUGUUUCAGCAUAACGUUAAUAUUCUUUGUGCUUCUAGUAGGUAUGGGCUAGUAUUCGCUGGACAUCCCACUGGGUUCAGAGUUAUUGCUUUGUCCUCACUGCAAGUCUCAGGUCCCACUGAACAGAAGGAGUACGAGCAUCGGAAUGUCGACCUUCCAUUUAAACCCUCUUUCAUAUCUGUGAAUGCUGACGAAUCCCUCCUAGUUGUCGUUGUAGAUGGAACUGUUGGCGCCCUAGCUACUAUUUACGAUUUGCCGUCUCUUACAACACAGAAUGUUGUGAUAAAGUACCAGCUACGUUUGACUGAGACUCCUGAUGUUGUCGUGCGGGAUCUUCAUUGGAAUCCAUCUAUUUCCAGUCUAAUUUCCUUCGUCAAUUCUGAUGGUUCUGUGAGCCUUUUUGAGCUCAAAGGCUGUUCUUUCGGUUUCACAUCCUUGCCACCAACAAUUCUUGCAACAUGUCUGUGUUGGAGUCCGAAAGGGAAGCAAAUCGUCAUCGGAUCAUCAGAUGGUAAAUUGACUCAGUAUAAACCAGAUCUGAAAGCUGUUCGGUCAGUUGAAGCUCCACCACUAAUACAUAAUGCCUCGGUUGUCAAUGUUCAUUGGCUGUCCAAUUUUCAAUUCUGUGCUGUUUAUCAAGAUGCAGCAAGUCUUGAUGAGCGGCCAUGCACUUUCAUUGUAAAUACACCAAAAAAUGAGCCAAUACAGUUCACAAACUACGAUGAUAUCUGCUUCAGUAUGGGAGCGAUCAGGCCCCCUCAGUACUACAUGAUCCAUCAGCAGUCAUGGAAUAUUAUAUUGGUAAGCUCUGCUAACAGCAUGGAAGUAGGUGUCUUGGCGGCUAAUGGGAAGUCGUGGAUUUCAUGGACUCAGAUCGAUGAGGGACGAGCAGAACUUCCUGCUGACCCAGCUACAAAAAAUGAAACCUACCCUGUUGGAUUUACUUUAGAUCUUAGCUCUGUCCAACCUAUUCCGUGGGGGUCAGAGCAACAGAUGAUUGCACCAAUGCCAAUUUUAGGAAUCCUGUCUCAUACCGGUGUUCUCUGUCUCUUUCACGUUGUGAAUUUAAAUUCUGCAUCUGCAACUAUUUGUAGUCCUCCGGAACCUCUUCCUAACAGAUCAGCUUUACAAUACUCUCCUGUAUUUGCACAGCCAUUAAGUGCAUCUCAUCAAACAAUUCCUGCACCACAACAAACAAGUCGAGUUUCCCCAGAGAAGCCUGGCACACCUAUUGAUGAAUUAUCGUGUUUUUCGACAACUGUAACUGCUCCAUUAAGUCCUCAACCAAACCAGUUGUUUUCAUCUGCCAUGCCUUCCAAACCAGCCAAUGCACCAAAAAAAUUAGACUUCUCCUUUGGUCAUAGUACUCUCUUGUCUACCUCCAUGACCAGGCCUUUAGACACUAGCGGAGUCAGUUUGAUUCCAGAAAAGUCUCCAGCCUCCUCAAUACCUGCAUUUUAUCUACCGACAUCUGAGCCUGCACCCAUCAUAGGGCACCUUGAACAGGAUAAUGCUGAGAAUGCAAUAGCACUCAAGUCAGUUGCUAAUAAUGCAAUGUUCUCUGCAGCGGUUUUUGAUGAAAUAACUCGGUUUGAAGCAGAAUUGAAAGAUUUGAAACAUUUGGCUACCAACCUUGAUAUUACUGUAGGCUUAGAGGAUGAUAAAAACGAGUUGAAGAAAAAUGUAGAUGGUCUUGAGAGUUUUCAUAAGGAGCUUACAGAAACAACAAACUCGCUGAACUCUGAAGUAGACUCCUUGAAAACAGUUCUCAUGGAGGCAUUUUCGUGGAUUGAAGAGGCCAAAGCACGGAAAAUGCAACUGUAUCAUCCAGGGUAUCAAAGUGUGGUCCGAUUGCAAGAGUUAGAUCCUGUCAGCUUGCAGCGCCUUAACAGUAUUCAGUCAAGUUGUUACUAUGUGGAAAGUCAGUUGAAGCAAACAAAUUCUCAGUUAGACAGUUUGUGGAUCGAUGUGCAAAAUUCUUUGGCUAAAGACAAAAUCAACAUGAAAAUUCCAACUCUAGAAAAUGUAUAUCAAGCAAUGGUCGUUCAGAAAAAUUUGGUGGACCAGUUUAAUGUCAAACUCAAUGGUCUCUCUUCAAAAGUUAAGACUCUUCAAAACAACAGACCUUACAUCAUGACAUCUAAUAAUAUCGAAAACAUAAGUGGUGAUUCAGAGCUGUCCAAGUUAGCGGAGAGCUUGAUUAAAGUGAAACUGAAUCUUUCUGGGAAAUCAGGAAAUCCAUGCCUGGAAGCGAAACGACACCUAAUUUUUCUUGCAAGGAGACAAAUGCUGAGUGCAAUAAAGGAGGUUAAACUGAAAGAACUGCAGAGCAAUCACACCCCAAGAAGAAUCAAACCAGCAAAACUUAAAGCCUCUAAUGGAAUGUUAAUUGGCUCGUUCAAUGCACUACCACUGCCUUCCAGUGAAGUCCAUACUGUGCAGCAAACAAGAAAGCUUGGGAGUCAAAGUAUACUUGUCUCAAACACAGCUCCAGCAGAACCUGGGUCAGUUUCAACCUCAGUCAGACCAACAGCCAUUAAUCAAUUCUCAACUAAAAUCAUACCGCCAGUCAGUAAAUUAUUACAAAACAAUACCAUUUUUGAGGGAACCCAAGAAAGUGAUAGUUUAGUCCGAACCAGCUCCAAUUUUGUUAAAGGAUCCAGCACCUUUGCACCCAAACCCGGUAGUCAGUCUUCUGAGGUGCAGUUUACAUUCAAAAGCUCACCUGCCACAAAUGUAACUACUAUCUUUACACAGGUUGUAAAAGGCGGAACCUCUACGCAUGUCACCAGUGCCCUGCAAAGAAUACCUACUGCGACAAUGUCAGUAGUUUCUACUGACAAGGGUAAAGAAACACCAAAAUUAAUUCCGGAUUCACCUGGAAAGAUUGAUUUAACGAGUAUGUUGGAGAAAAAUGGCGAACCUGCUCAUCCCAAAGCGGAUCCUACCGUCACAGAGACAAUCACAAGUGGGCUUAACUUUGGUUCAUUAGAUCCAAGUUCCACCUUGGCUGCUUCAACACCAGCGGUGAGUGGGUUUGGUGAUGAUGCGUCCAAAACUUUCAACUUCUUUGGAGCUAAGGUUGACUCUUCUAAACUUGAAGCCAGCCUCCAUGCCAAAUCUGACCCUCUCAAACCUAAUUCUAGCCUCUCAAGUUCAUUUGGUUUAAAAGAAGGCAUUACAACACCUUCCAGCAGUCCUAGCUCUACCUCUGUUGAUAUGACCAGUUCUACAAAGACAUCUUUCAUUUUUGGAGGAUUAACCAGACCAACUGCCAAGUGUUCAGCAGAACCCUCUGCAAGUGAUGCUCAAAGCUUCACCUUUGCAUUGCCUGUACCAUCAAUGCCUACAUUUACAACGGCAUCAACUACAGUUUUCAGUUUUGGGAUGCGACCAACUGCUACAGCCACAGUAACAACAUCAACUAUGCCAUUCUCUGCUCUGAAUCUGAGUGUUACAAACUCCACCUUGACAUCUCCUAAUCAACCAUCACUUUCGUUAAGUAGCACAUGUGGAGCACCAACAUCAGGAACUAACGCCAAACCUGAAUUCAAUUUUGAUCGAGCCUCAACAAGUGGCCAAUCAUCAUUUAACACCUUUAGCUUCGGUAACAUGAAAUCACAAGUUUCACUAUUUGGUGGUCAAUGUAAGUCUACUGAAACUCUGACAACAGACAGCACACCAACAUCUUCCAUAAUGUUGCCUUUUAUUGACACAAGUUCUGCUAACACGGUCAACGAUACAACUGGCAUUUCAGGAAGCUUAACAGUUUCAUCCCCUGUUCAACUUUCACAUGAAAGUACGCCGGUUUCAACAUCCAGUGUGUUUGGAUCAUUAACAACCACACCGACCACCUCUAGUUUAUUUGGAUCACCAACGACCACUGCUUCAGGUAGUCUUUUCGUUUCUGUUGUAACAACCACCACCACAAGCCUUUUUCCACAGCAGGCAGGGAAUGUAUUCAAUCAACCAAAUGCAAUUGUUGCUACCACAUCUCAACAAACUACUAAUUUUAGCCAAGCAACUACGGUUGCUUCUGCUGCAGACACAUCUUCCAGUAUAUUUGGUCAAGAGUCUCUCUCGAAGGCAUUACCUCCAGCCCAAAGUGUGUUUGGUCAAGCUACUUCAGCUACUACCUCUACCUCACAAACACCUGGCAUAUUUGGGCAGGCACAAUCAGUUACCGCCACCACCACACAAACUUCAAGUAUAUUUGGUUCUGGAACCUUAAUUACAUCAACAUCUACUUUAAUGUCUAGUGUGUUUGCCCAAACAACCUCUGUCACCUCUUCUCAACAGACUCCCAGUGUGUUCCCCCAAGCAAGCUCAGGUACAUCCCCUGUUCAACAAGGACCCACGCUGUUUCGCCAGUCUACUCCUGUUGUUUCCUCUAGUCCACAAAAUUCCAUUAUCUUUGGUCAGACAACCAAUGUUGCUGCUAACACACCCCAAACUUCUAACUUGUUUGGACGCCCUCAAACAACAAGCACAAGUGUUUUUGGAGGUGGUACCAGCCCUGCAGCUAAUAGUACGUUUGGACAAGCCUUGCCCAUUUCAUCUAAGUCUAGCAUCUUUGGCAACACCCCUAAUCUCUUUCCAACUCCGGCCAUGACCUCACCUAGCAUUUUCAGUAGUCCUAAUACAGCCACCACAACAACACCCAACACAAGCUUGUUUGGAACUCCAUCUACUGCUGCGCCUACAUCAGGUUCGUCUUUCUUUGGUCAAGCAAUUUGUCGUCCAAGUGAUUCUGGUGGCAAUUCUGGAAAUGUGUUUGGUCAGUCUGGGUCCAUAUUUGGUCAAACUGUAGCAACAGGAGUUGCAGGAUUUAGCAACGCACCAUUAUUUGGUGGAAAACCUACGUUUGGACAAUCAGGCGGAUCCUUAUUUGGGAACUCAUCAAACUCUUUUGGAUCACCCUCUGGGACCUCUGUUUUUGGCUCUCCAACCAACACUUCAGCUGUAGGAAACAGCAGUGCAACCUCCCAUGUCUUUGGACAAUCCUCUGGAGCCAAUACAAGCACUGGUAUUUUCGGUGGCUCAAGUGGUGGAUCAUUUUCAGUAGGAUUAAAUCAGUCCAUGACUCAGUCUGGGUUUGGAACCCCAGGUUUUCAAAAUAAACAAGCCAGUGCUUUUGGUGCACCUCCAACAUUCGGUGGUGCUCCCUCAUUUGGCUCCUCAGCUCCAGCCUUUGGUGCUCCAGCUGCCUUUGGUUCUCCUUCAAGUGUAUUUGGCUCUACCUCACCAACGAGUACCUUUGGUGGAGGAGGUGGGAUUGCCAAUCAGUCGUCACCGACUAAUGCAACUUUUGAGAAUCUUGCGAAGCAGAACACUGUCAGCUUUGGUAAUCUUGCUCAAAAUCAAGCUCCCUCUGGUUUCAGUAACACAAAUCUUUUCGGCAGUUCUCCUCAAAAUAGUAAUUCUUUCCAGAAGCAGACAUCUCCUCAGUUUGGAGGCAGUUCAUUCAGCAGUUGGCGGUGACCAUCUCACUCUGCGAAUUAUUUGUGAUUCUAUCUGGUAGAAUCAUUCUUUAUUCAGUAUCAAGUCUCAUUCCAGAACUUUUUGUAUAAGCUCAUUAUCAGUUCAUAAUUUUCUCUCUCCCACCUCUGUGAUGUAAAUCGUAAAAUAAAAAUUAAAGUUCAAUGUAAUGACGCACAGUGAAUGCCUGAAUGUGAGGAGGACUGCAUAAUGAUGGCUUAGGCCUUGUUUCCACGGGACGUUUUCAGGGGAUUUUUCCCAAGUUCAAGUAGCAGGAAUGAAACUUCUGGGAUUUUUCCCAGUUACCGUCUCCACGGGACGAGGCUCAUACGGUCCUGCGACUAGUUUGCGCGGGAAGAUAAAUUAGAUAAAGUCGAGUAUUUAACCGAGAUUAAAAUAAUAAUGCACUCAAUUGACAAUUAGACACAUUAUUUUAACUAAACAAACAUGAACCAUUGGAGUAAUCAACUAAAUAUAGCACAAUUCGUUUUCACUUCUUCUUCCUCUCUUUGUGGGUCCUAUGGGUACAAGGACCAUACUUGGUACUGCGAAAAAUAUUGAUUAACUCAAUAUUUUUCCCAACUUUGUAAGUGGGAUUUUUCUCCGGGCCAAAUCCCGUGAGCUGGCCCGUGGAGACAAGGUCUUAUGCAGGACAUGCUAACAUAUAAUGAAAAAAAGGUUAAAAAAAAUGUUUAUUGGCUUUUGCCAUGCUGCAAAUUAUAUUUUAAGUUAUGAAAGCUGUAAGAAAGGUUUGAAUUGUGAUAUUCUGUAAGUUACCUCAUUUAAAGAAGGAACCUUGCAGCAAACCAUAGUCCUGGCAAGCGACCAAAACCGUCUAAGUUGUCCGCCAUCGACAGAGUCUCUCUCUGUACUCUAUGAUGAGGACAUCACGAAAUGAUUCUCAUUGAUUUUUGCGGAUAUGCAUAUAGUGGAUUUGUUGCAGCCAAUAACAUCAUUACCCACAAAUGUGAACCAUUUACAUUACUAUCCCGCCAAUGAUUUCAUUGGUCAGAAGGCUCUAGCAAUUCUUACAUUUUCCUAGUGAGGUUAAGAAGGUCCAGCCCCAAAAAUCAGCGCCCAAUGAUGGUUUACCUCUAAAAGACCUGCCGAAGUGGUGAAACAUUUUGCCUGAAUACUUAAUGGCUUUACUUUUUAUAACUUUGAUAUCAUUAUUACACACUCAUGAAAGGGAAUUUUGAUAUAGGUAGAAGCACUUCCCUCCCUCCCCACAAUAGGAGGACAGUGUGUGUGAGUGGGUGUGUGUGUGUGAGGGUGUGUGUGUGUGUGUAAAUGUAAAGGUAGUAAUUAUAUAAUAUUAUCAAAAUGAUAAUUUAGACUGAAAAAUUGUACUGUUGAAUUUAUGUGUUAAUUCGUUUCUGCGCACCUGACUCUUGUGGCACUUAGAAUCACACAGUGGCCUUGCAGCAAAGUACACAUCCUUCAUCAAUACAUUUGCGGAGGUUGGAAACUUCCUUUCAUUUGAUUGGAUAAUUGUUUGAUCGGCGAUCUUAGAUCCAACCUCUGCACUGUGCCUUAGCUUUGAUUGGAUGAAGUUUUAUGUGCAAUUUGCCUUGCGUGUAUUCUGAAAAUGUAAUACAAAUGUACAGGAAUAUACUGCAGAAAACAUUACAGCCUCUCCUUUAAUCUUAAGUAAUUGAUGUGGGCAAGGUUUCAAAUAUUUAUUAUAUUUAUCUCAAAACUAGAAGGGAAUUAGAAAAUUCUAGUCGUCGGAAAGUUUCCAAACCCUCCCUUACGUUUAUACGUUCUACUUUUUAUGACUCAUGAGUUUUCAUCGGCGCUUUGAAGAUUACAUUAGCAACUUCAGGACUUGACGUCAAAGACUUUAUGAUGAGCGACUUUAGGAUGACGCUAGCAACUUUAGGAUGACGUUAGCAACUUUAAGAUAACCCUAACAAUUUUAUGAUCACAGUAGCGACUUUACAUUUACAUGAGCGACUUUAAUGUCAUGUUAGGUUAGGUCAGAUUAGGUUAGAUUAGAAGUUAAAUAUAGUUCUUCGUAAA